AUGUACAAACCGCCACCCUCACUUCUCUCACGAUCUCUUCCUGUUUAUCAUCUCACAGCAGCCAAUACAUCUUUAGGAAAAACAAUCUUUUCAACACUUCUGUGUCGGCAACUUCUUGCCAAAAAACAAAUCCCAUAUUAUUUGAAGCCUGUUUCUACGGGCCCUUUAAACGAGGCUGAUGAUGGCCAUAUUGGGAAAUUUGCGAAGGGAACGAACAUAAAAUGUUUGUUCAGAUAUGGGGAAGCUGUCAGUCCACAUAUAGCGGCAAAGGGUGUGAAACCACCAAAUGAUCACGAGAUUGUCACAGCAAUCGCUGAACAAGUCCAAAAAUGGACGAAAAGUAAUGAAGAAGGACGGGAAUCAAUGAUCCUGGUGGAAGGUGCUGGUGGUGUACAUUCACCUACACCUUCUGGUACCAGUCAGGUGGAUGCAUUAAGACCUUUGAGAAUGCCAAUUUUUCUCGUUGGUGAUUCAAAAUUGGGUGGAAUUUCAGCAACAAUUAGCGCUUGGGAGAGUCUGCAUCUUCGUGGUUAUGAUAUUGAGUCAGUGUUGAUAUUUCAAGAGGAAAAAUACAGCAAUUAUGCAUAUCUUUCCAAAUAUUUCCAAGAAAGGGGUGUAAAAACAACAGUCAUUCCUCCCCCACCGAACCAAAUUCCAAAUCUACAAGAAGAUGAGGAGUCUAUGUCCUCAUACUACUCAAGUAUUACUCAGUCUGGCGAGAUUGAAGCUCUAUUGGAAACUGCCCGUCAACGAAACAUUUCACGAAUUGAAGAUCUUGAACAGAUGGCCACGAAAGCCCAUGAAACGAUCUGGUUUCCGUUCACCCAAAUGAAACAUGUCUCACCUGAUAAUAUACUCCCAAUAGAUUCAGCUUAUGGAGAUUAUUUCCAGACCCUACCGAACACUAGCGCAGGCGAAUCCACACCACAAAAGCGGUCCAAGGAUAAUGUUCUUACACCAACAUUGGAUGGCUCAGGAUCCUGGUGGACUCAAGGUCUAGGCCACGGAAAUCCUGCCCUUUCCUUAGCCGCAGCUUAUGCAUCGGGUCGCUAUGGCCACUGCAUCUUUGCAUCUACCAUCCAUUCACCUGCUCUCAAACUCGCUAAUCAUCUCCUUACAAAUAUCAAGAAUCCCCGUCUCUCACGCGUCUUCUAUUCUGAUAACGGUAGUACUGGCAUGGAAGUUGCUGUAAAAAUGGCUUUGACAGCUGCUAGUAAACAUUACCGUUGGGGAAAUUGUGAGGACGCCAGAAAACGGGUGGGAAUUAUUGGAUUAAAAGGCAGCUAUCAUGGAGAUACCAUUGGUGCUAUGGAUCUCAGUGAAGGAAGCGUUUACAAUGAAAAGGUACAUUGGUAUAAAGGAAGAGGAUUAUGGUUUGAUGUACCAAAAGUCUGGAUGAAAGACGGGAAAUGGGUAGUUUAUGACGGAACUGGCCAGAAAAUUGAGGAGACAUUUGACGAAUUGGAAGAUAUUUUUAGUUGGCAAAGAAGUACCAGUAAGUUGAGGAAAAAGUAUGAGAAACAUAUUUUGGCCGAACUGGAAAGGGCAAGGGGAAAGGGGAUGAAAUUUGGUGCCUUGGUUUUGGAGCCAGUUAUCCUUGGUGCUGGUGGUAUGCUAUUCUGCGAUCCCCUCUUCCAACGCACAUUGACAUACAUCAUUCGCAAUAUGCCUGAACACUUGCUCGGUAAAGUCAAUAAUCCUUCCACAGGCAACCCAGCCUCACCAAAUCAAUGGACUGGCCUUCCCGUAAUUCACGACGAAGUCUUCACAGGCCUCUACCGACUUGGCCACUUCAGUUCCUCUACCCUCUUGCAUACAUAUCCCGAUAUUUCAGUGCAUGCCAAACUCUUAACAGGUGGUUUACUACCCCUUUGCACAACACUAGCCAGCGAAAGCAUCUACGAAGCAUUCCUUGGCGAUGAAAAGAGUGAAGCGCUGUUACAUGGGCAUAGUUAUACUGGUCACGCUGUAGGCUGCGAAGUCGCACGCACAGAAACAACAGCGGCAAAAAACAAACAUAAGAAAGUUCAGGUCUGGAGUAUAUGGAGUAAAUCAUUCGUUACUUCAGCAUCUCAUCUGGAGUCAGUCGAUGGUGUAAUUGCAUUAGGUAGUGUAUUGGCUAUCACAUUUAAAGAUGAGCAAGGAGGUGGAUAUACAUCCAAGGUGACAGAGGUAAUCAGAGAGAAGUUACUAGGUGGCGAUGUGGAAGGCGAGCUGGGUGAAUGGAAUAUCCACGCGAGGAUAUUAGGAAAUGUGAUUUAUCUUAUGGGUAGUAAGGUUAUGACUGCAGAGCAAGUGAAGAGUAUUGAAGAGAGAUUGGGAGGAUUAUUAGGACUAUGA